GCCCAGCUGUAUGAUGUCAGACUUCAGGCCGAUUCGGAUUAAUCAGUUUUUAGUAUGUUAAUCUUUUUCCCCACUUAAUAAAAAUAAGAAUCGAGCGGAGGAGAGAAUUUGGGAUUUCUGAAUCCACUCCUGUGCGUCUGGAAGUCUGGAAGUUAACCUGGAGGAGGAGAGGAAGAAACCUGGGAACUUAUUUUUUUUAUUACUUUUUUCUUUUAUUAUUUUUUUAAAAAGUGUCUCUCUCCUUUUCCUCUGCGGAGCCAUGCAGAGCAACAGCAGCAGCUCCCCCGGACCUCCGAGCUCUCUGACCGUGUGCGGGGGAGAGGAGGAUGAGCGCCAGAUCUCUGAGCUGGUCAGCCCCGCAGGAGCAGGGUCCAACCUGCCAGCUUUUAACCUUUCACUCAACUGCUGGCUGCACAUCCUGUCCAAAGAGUCCUCGCUGGAUCUGCACGGAGACACCGCCAACAUGGCAAUUCGAGUGCUCAUCGCCCUGGUCUACCUUGUGGUGUGUAUCCUGGGACUUGUGGGAAACCUCCUGGCGCUCUUCCUCUUUCACUCCCGCCGCCGGGGCCACCACCACCACUCCUCCAUCGACUGCUUCGUGAUGAGCCUGGCGGUGACGGACCUCCAGUUCGUCCUCACCCUGCCCUUCUGGGCCGUGGACACGGUGCUGGACUUUCGUUGGCCCUUCGGCCGGGUCAUGUGCAAAAUCGUGAGCUCGGUCACCACCAUGAACAUGUACGCCAGCGUUUUCUUCCUCACGGCCAUGAGCGUGACCCGUUACCGCUCUCUGAUCACCUCUCUGAAGAUGGGCAGUCCCAGGGUGGCCACCACCCGGGCCAAGUGGGCCAGCUCAGCCAUUUGGGUGGUGGCGCUGGUGGCCACGCUGCCUCAUGCUUUCUACUCUACCACAGUCCAGGUGUCUGCAGAUGAUGAGCUGUGCUUAGUGAGGUUCUCUGACUCCGACUCGAAUCACUGGGAUCCACAAGUCCUGCUUGGACUCUAUCAAACCCAGAAGGUCCUUCUGGGAUUUAUAUUUCCCUUGAUCAUCAUCUCUGUCUGCUACCUCCUCCUGCUGAGGUUCAUCCUGAGCCGGCGCAUUGUGGGCAGUGUGAUAAGCGGGAAUGUCAACGAAAGGUCGGAGUGUGAGAGAGGACGCCACCGGCGGCGUUCCAAAGUUACGCGCUCUGUCACCAUCGUGGUCCUGUCCUUUUUCAUCUGCUGGCUGCCCAACCAGGCGCUCACCCUGUGGGGAGUGCUGAUCAAAUUUGACCUGGUGCCCUUCAGUAAAGCCUUCUACAAUGCUCAGGCCUACGCCUUCCCCCUGACUGUGUGUCUGGCUCACGCCAACAGCUGUCUCAACCCGGUGCUCUACUGCCUGAUCCGAAAAGAGUACAGAGCCGGACUGAAGGAGCUUCUGCUGAGGAUUUCUCAUUCGGUCCACAAUGUUCUCACCGUGGCCCUGAGAGGGAAGAGAGUGGAAGAAGCCCCACCCGGCAUGGCCAUGAUACACAAAGACACCAAUAUGUGAUUUAGUUAGUUUGACCUUUCCUGAAAAAUACGGUUAUUAGCUUUCUUUGUGUACAGUAAAUAACAAAACGUGUUGACUGUUUAUAGGAUACUCAUUGAGAUACUUGGACAUUAUAAAUUUCAACCCUUGUUAGUGUUAUUGUAGGGCGUCGGAAGACUGUUUCAUUUUUCUUUUAAUUUUCAUGGAGAAAAUGAAGAUUAAUGAAUUUAACAUAUAUGGUUCCUUGUCCUUAAGUGGUAAACAAAUGUAAACAUGUAUUUAGACAAUUAGAACACCAUUCAGGUACUUGUCAACAUUAUUAUAAACAUUAGGCCACUUCUUCAUGGUACCUAAUAAAUCAGUUAUGCUCAGUGUUCAUCCAGAGAUGGUUCACAUCAACCAGAGAAUGUUUCUUUGAUCGUCUCUGACUGGCUGAGUGAAAUCACACGCUUCUAAACCUCACUGACAGACACAGGGACGCGGUUUAAAAUGUAUGCUGAAGUUACCAAAUAUGGUUCCUUGCCCCAUAAUGGGUUAACCGAUGAGCGCUAGAGGAUGUGGUAGAUGGAUUUUGUUACCAAUACAGACUGUCAAGCCUUUUCAACACACAGAAAAUAUCCAACAAAACAUUCAACUUUUGGAUUAUUUAUUUUUUUCUUCUUCUUUUGGAAAUCUAUUCUCCCCUCAGUCCCAUUUUAGGAGCCUCCCCUAUUCCAGCCACGUUUUACCUGCGGGCACUUUUAUGAAUAUUUGAAAGUAAUCUCCUGAACGAAAGCACAAAACUGAUAAUCUCCAUCAAUCAGCCUAUUUUUUUAUUUUUUUCACACAAAACACAAUGUGACAUUUGAAUAGUUUGACCCAUAGAGUGGUGUUUGUAAUUUAAAUCCCACAUAUCCACGCAGGCAAUCAUGAGACAUUUGCAUUGUGGUAAAUGUGUUUAAUAUUUGUGUUUUCAGUGCUUACUCAGUCAGGAAGCUGAAAUCCACCGGCCUUCAUAUGCAGUGAAACAUAACUCCAGGACAUUUUCCACCCGGUGUUUGAUGCUAGCUUGAGCCUGUCAGCCUUUUCCUGUGUGUCUUCUUCGCUGUACCGCUGUGAAUUGUUGUGUGAACACACGUAUGUUCUGUGACAUUAAAUUAAACGAGAGGACA